AUGGCGUCCAUCCACACACCGCGCACACCUCCUCACCUCACCUCACCUCCUGAGAGCCAGUCGCGCAUGCUCCUGCGGCAGAGGGCGGAGCGCGGCGGGGCGGCGGCCAUGUCAGUGGCGGCGGUGGCGACGCUGCGCGGCCUUCUGCGCAAAGCGCGACUAGCGGCCGGGGGCGGAGGCGGAGGUGGCGGCAACGGCGGGGGCGGAGCAGCGCCGGCGGCGCUGGAGGCGGCGGGCGCGGCGCGGCCCGUGGACGAUGACAGCGCCGAACCGGUGCCUGCCGUGGGAUUCCGCGCGCGCCUGCAGCAAGGGGGCAAGCUGCAGGUGACGGUGCUGGGCGCGCGACACCUGCCGCAGCGCCUGCCGGGCCUGGGCGCGCCGGCCGCCGCCUACGUCGUCAAGGUGAAGCUGAGCCCGGGAGCGGCCAAGUUCGAGACGGAGCCGCAGGCCGCGUCGUGGCCGACGUUCAACGAGAGCUUCACCUUCUCCGCCGCCCCCGCCGCCUCCGCCGGCCGCUUCCUCAUGCUCACCGUCUACGCCGCCGACGAGCUGCGGCGCCGCAAGGCGCUGGGCGCAGUCACAUGGUCUCUGGACACGCCGCAGGGCCAACAAGCGCUGGCCGCAGGCACCGACAUCUGGCGGCGACUGCACGACGUUCGCAGCGCUGUGCAGCCCACCACACCACAGCAGCAGCAGUUGAAGCAGCGGGAGACGCGGCGCAGCCAGGUGGAGGUGUCGCUGCGCCUGGCGCCGGGUGCCGCGGGGGAGCCGGACGUGCUGGAGAUGACCCUGCUGCCGCAACUGUUCGUGAAGCUGAGCGUGCGCGAGGGCGCGGGCGGCACGGUGGUGGUGGCGCGCAGGACCAAGCCCUUCGCGCCCAACAUCGCCGUGCACUUCGGCGCGGGCGCGGGCGGCGAGGAGGCGGCCGUGGUGCGGGCGCCGCUCCCGCCCGCGGGCCCACGCCGCGCCGCGCUGCUCUGCCAGGUGGCGCUGUGCACGCGCAACGGGCCCAUCGGUAAG